UUGCGUGUAAGCGUUUUCUGGCGAGUUUUAACAACAACAAAACACUAAAGUGUUAUGAUUUCUUAAAUGUUAUGAAAUCUGAAAUGUUUGGAGGGUGGUAGUUUUCCCUCCUGAUUAUUGUUAUUAAUGGCGAUAAUUUUUCUGACUAUAGUUUUAAUUACGGUAAUCCAUAAUAGCAAUCAUUUAGGAUGCCUCGUUUGUACGUUUUGUUUGCUUUUUUUAGUGUGAGCCAAAAACAAAAAAAAAUAUUUUGCAUUGAAACCAGCCCGAGUGUAAAUUCUGGUCACAAUAGUUUCAGCUCCACGUCAAGCAAUGCCCUGCGCAGUGCAUUGUCUUGGUGUUGCACAAGACGCGUUCUGUUCAGGCAGAGUGGCAAUUGUUGUAUAGAAAGGGUUCAAAUGUCUCUUGUGGGAUAGUGAAUCUAGUAACGGACUUCCCGCACAAUAGCCUGCAUUGCGCCCAGGCUCAUGUGGCGUUAAGUGUUCCCAAUCAGAUAAAUAAAAUGCUCAGAGGCUCUCCCACAUGCAGUCAACACCAGGUUAUGAACCUCACAAAACUCAGACGUGUAGAAGCAAUGUUUUUUUUUAGUUAUCCAUUCAUUCCGCCAAAGAUGGAAGUCUUUAAAUGUACAAUUGUAGAUUUUUUUAUUUUACGUGUGCGUCUGUAAGUAUUGCUUUUCAAGGGCCUGGUUUGUUUUACAUUUUUUUGUGUUCUCAAAAGAACCCCUCCGGUCUAUUGUUGCAGAGUUUUUAAUCAGAAUUGACUUCUCGCUGUUACGGGGUUUUUUUUCUCCCUUUGCAAAACCAGUUUAGUCAGUCUUGAGCCGAGUCAGUCAGAGGGGUGUGAGGCACGGGUGUCGGACAGACGAUCUUCUGGGGCGGUUGAGUAAGCCAUGAAGGUCAUUUCCAGCUCGUGAUGCAUAAAAAAUAAUCAACUCUGUCGCCCACCGCACAAAGUCGGGCAGGAUUUAUACGGCGCGGCUGCUCGUACAGUAAUUGUUUCAUUCUCAUUUGCCUAGUCAUGGCUUUUUUUUUCUUGACAAACCCGAGGACGCCCGUUGUUCAAUGCGUGCGUGCGAUAAAUUUCCAUCUUUGCGCCACUAUUUCGCCGUCGCUGCAGUUCGGGUGGUAAGGCGAGGCCCGUCCGUGUCGGCGCGCGCGGCAAACUUCUCCUCCUCCUCCUCGUUGUCGUCGUCGUCGUUGUUGUUCGCCCGCGGCACAGGGCUGGGGGCAAGCCCGGGUAAGGGGAGGAGAGCGAGCGAUCUAGCGAGGCGCGUCCGGACUGACGGGCGCGAAGUGCGGGUUAAGGGGGGGUGGGGAGUGGAGUGGGGAGUGCGAGUAAAAAUCAGGAGAGAAACGAAAUAAUAUAAUAAUUAAAUCGAAAACAAAAAUUUGUUCUCGCUAAAUAAUUAAAGAAAUACAUAGAGCACCAUUUAAAGCGAUGGGCUAAUUGUGGAGCGGGGGGGGGGGGUCGUUGGUGGGGGUGCGGCGUUGGCAGCGGCGCGCGCUUGCUGCUAAUGGGCCAGAUGUGAUGAGCGUGUCGCGUCGGCAGAUCGCCGAGGAAGCGAUCUCUCUCAGGGCGCCGCAGCCGCCGUCUGGAGCCGCUGCCGAAGCAGCCGCCGCCACAGCCGCCGCAGACGCAGCCGCCGUUGGCCGUGGAGUUUUUGUUUUUGUUGUUGUUGAGUGAAAUGUCGCUGAGCCUGACCUGGUGGGUAACGAGAGCUGAGGCGCGUUCCCAAGGCUGACGGAGCUCUUUCCUUCUUCCCUCCUCCCUGCCGCUACCGCAGCUCACGUGCGCACUCGUGCAGACUCUCCUCCACCAUGCAGGAUGGCGGGAUAGAGACGGGAGGCGGCAGGGUCAUUUCGAGCCCGGUGAGGAUCAACGGUGGCAGCAUCGGCGGCCAGCUGGAGGGCGGGCGCGAGGUGGGCGGCAGGAUCAACGGAGACGUCGCGGCGCUGGAGAUGAGCGCCGCCGAGAUGCUCCACCUUCAGCAGCAGCAGCAGCAGCAGGUGCUACAGGCUGCUGCAAGACAUUAUUUGCUCCAACAGCAAACGGGCGGAGGACUUAAAUCACCCAAGUCGACUGAGAAACCGGCUUUGCAGGUGCCGGUGUCCAUGGCUAUGAUGACCCCGCAGGUGAUCACGUCUCAGCAGAUGCAGCAGCUGCUGCAGCAGCAGGUGCUCUCCCCGCAGCAGAUACAGGUCCUCCUGCAGCAGCAGCAGCAGAGUGUCAUGCUGCAGCAGCCGAUCUCGUCUUUUUUUCAGCAACAGCUGCAGGAAUUUUACAAGAAGCAACAAGAGCAGCUUCACCUGCAACUGCUGCAACAUCAGCAACAACAGCAGCAGCAGCAACAGCAGCAGCAACAGCAGCAACAGCAGCAGCAACAGCAGCAACAGCAGCAGCAGCAACAUGCUGCCAAGCAUGCAAAGGAACAGCAACAGCAGCAGCAGGCACAACAGCAGCAACCGCAGGCACUUACAGCACAGCAACUGGUAUUCCAGCAACAGCUCCUACAGAUGCAGCAGCUUCAGCAGCAGCAUUUGAUGUCCCUGCAGAGACAGGGGCUGAUGCAGCAAGCCCUCCAGCGCCCUGGGCUGCCACAAGGCCUCCUUCCGUCAGACCUCCAGCAUCUCUGGAAGGAGACCUCCUCCUUGGGGUCGCACUCAGAGGAGGGCCCGAGUCUUACCAAGAACGGCGGGGGCCUGGACCUGUCGCUCAGCAAUCCCGUCGCUCCGCCAGGCGCCCUGCCACUUCCCAGGACCUCGCCCACCCUGACGUACCCACCGCUGACUAACGGGCAGCACACCAGCACGGGAUCGCACAUCCAGCGCAGGGAGAGCUCUUCGCACGAGGACUUCGGCAGGGACCACGCUCUGUACGGGCACGGCGUCUGUAAAUGGCCUGGCUGCGAAACCGUCUGCGAAGAGUUUAGCCAAUUCCUCAAACACCUCAACAAUGAACACGCUCUUGAUGAUCGGAGCACGGCGCAAUGCAGAGUGCAGAUGCAGGUGGUACAUCAGCUCGAGAUUCAGCUUGACAAGGAACGGGAACGGCUACAAGCCAUGAUGGCUCAUUUGCACAUGUGUCCAGCGGAGCCCAAACAUCCACUCCAACCCCUCAAUUUGGUGUCGAGCGCAACUCUGGCCAAGAGCACGCCGGGGUCGCCGCUGCAGGGCAGGCCGCUCGCCCCGCUCACUCCGACGGCCACGUCCGUCAUCACGGCGCUCCCCCAGGGCCAGCCGGUGCUGUCCCCGCACACGCUGGCGAGCAUGAACGCCGCUCGCCGUCGCCACCUGGACAAGUACAGUCUCCCGCUCGCGUCCGAGCUUAGUCAGAAUGAAGAAUUUUACCAAAAUGCAGAAGUAAGACCUCCCUUUACCUACGCGUCCCUGAUUAGGCAGGCCAUCAUCGAGACGCCCGACCACCAGUUAACCCUCAACGAAAUCUACAACUGGUUCACUCGCAAGUUUGCCUACUUCAGGCGCAACGCGGCGACAUGGAAGAAUGCUGUUCGGCACAACCUGAGUCUACACAAGUGCUUUGUUCGUGUGGAAAACGUAAAGGGAGCCGUGUGGACCGUGGAUGAGAUGGAAUUCCAGAAAAGACGGCCACAGAAGAUGACUGGAAGUCCCUCGCUAAUAAAGAGUAUGCAGACAAGUCUGGGAUACGGUGCGGCCCUGAAUGCAACACUACAGGCGGCGCUCGCAGAGGCCAACCUUCCCCUGCUGGGCGGCUUCGGCAACUCCCUGACGUCGGCGGCCACCUUCAUGGGUACUGCCCCCGAGGACCUCAACGGCCUCCUGGAGCACAGCAGCAACGGCAGCAACAGCCCCAGGCACUCGCCCUCCCAGGCGCUACACUCCACGAACGUCAAGGAGGAGCCGUUGGAGGAAUGCGAUGGCCCCCUGUCACUGGUGGCGAUGGGAAGCCAGAGCCCCGAUCUGGAGGACGACAGGGAUCUCGAUGACGACCACAAUCUCAUGGUGGAGAUGGAAUGACGGCCUCGCGAAGGAGACUCCCUUGGGGGACGUCACAGGGGGCUGUGGACCCAAAUCGAGUGCGUCCUCUGAACUGCGUUUCAAAAGAGCUGACGAUACAGGGAAACGACAUGCCAUGAUUAUGAGGACAUUGGUAAGAUUGCCAGCCUCUGUUGUGGCCACAAGUUUAAUGUUUUUUUUUUAAAUAUUAUUACCGUUAUUAUUUCCUCUUGUUGAUAUUGUCAUCGUUGCAAACGAUGUGGGCAUUUGUCGAACUCUUUAACUGAAGAAUGAAGCAUUUGCACAUGUCAACAAAAAUAUAAAACAUUUUGACUGUGAAUAUAAAAAAAAAUAUGGAGGAGGACGAAGAAGAAACCAAUGUAAAGCAAACUCUGUGUAACGUUGGACGCUACUCCAUUCAAAUGUUCAGAACUGGCUUUCAAACAAACUGUUGCUGACAGUUGAAACACCCUGUAUUUGUGCGAUAGUUUUUUUUUAUCAAGAAAAAUGUGGACAGUUAUCGUGAGCAACAAAGACGAAGGGAAAAGGGGACGCAAAUAAAAAAACCUUGUCAGUCGUUGACCUGAAUUAGCAAAAAGAAUGCUGGAAUUUUUUGUUUGAAAAGCUACUCUUUGCCUUGCUGAUAAAAUGAAAAAAAAUAAUAAUGCCAGCUUGCAGGCAGAAGAAAAAGUAACUUCCCACUGACCUUGUUUCAGAAGGUCUGACAUGUAUUUUUGUCAUCAAAUCCAACUAAAUGGAACCAAAUGGUUUUUGGCAGGUUUUUGCCCGCGAAUUUAUCUGAGUGUCUUUAUACCUCGGCAACCUUGCUCACCUCUCUCAUGGAAAGGAGUCAUUUGCUUUCAGUGCUGGAGCAGACCAAAGGUUUUCGUAGUGUUCCAAAUUGUUUGUGGAAAAUGAAAGGAAAGGAAAUGUUAAAACAAAACGACAAAAAAUACAAAAAUCAAGAAACGAAAUCCCCUUCCUCAUCCUCCUCCUCCUCAAUGACAACCAUCUAAUCUGCUCCGUCAGAAGUUUCAACUCAAUUCGAUCGCUCGUGUGGGGGCGAAUGCACGAAGAAGCCUCGGGAGUGAUUUGCUUUACGUUUUGUUACAUAUUCAGAGCAACGUGAAAAAAGUUCUCCGAGUUUGGCCGGUGAUGGUGAACAGAGACCGAUGGAAUGUAUAUAAUAGCAUCACGGUUAUAAUAACCCUUACAAAUGUCACACACACACACACACAAUAAGUUAUGUUCGUUGGGACGUAUUUCCUCCUCGGCGAUGCCACUUGGCACGAAAUGCAAUGUAUCAACGUGAGACUUUUAUUUGCGUGGUUUAUUUUUUUUUUUUUUAACGCGGCAAAGUGAAACUUCGCGGUUCAAAGAAGCGCACCGCCAUCGGGAGUGGCGGCCGUGAGAAGCUCAACGUCACCUCGACGUAAAUUAGCCUGACCAAUGCUCUUUUCCGAAAAACCAAAAAAAAAAAUGGUAAAACGUGAACCUCCCUCGGAGCUGACCUCAACAUACCACCGGCAAAAGGUAUUUUAUUUCAAAAUAGGUGCUUUGUAGUUAUACUACCAGUGUAAUCAUUAAUAUUUAUUUUAAUUGCUUCCCUAAAUUACCUACGGUGUUUCUUUUUUUUAUUGCCAAAGAUAUUUUGUUUGUUAUUUUAAUGACUUAGCCCAAAAACUAAACGAGAGGAACAAAUGAACACACGGAUGAUAAAUUAAUUCAUAACGGGACUGGGUAUUUUGCCAUUAAAAGUGUGUUGCCAGGCUUAAUUGAUGUAUCAUUGAACCAAAGUUUUUAUUCUUUAACAUUAUUUGCAGUGUUGAAAAAGCAACGACACAAUGGACUGCAACACAUGCUUUAUUAUUUUUAAAACUACAGCACUACGUGAUAGCCCCUCUAUUUAAACACUAGACGUCAUACCAAUUGCACCAAUGUUGCAGGCUCAGUGUAAAAAAAGAAAAGUAUUACCUUUGUUGUAUAAGCUUAAAUCGAGACCACGUACUUUCUAUAUCAUCCAAACCCUAUAAUCAUCACCCUAGCCCUCUUGAGCAAAACAAAUCCUGAAAUAUAUAAAAACAAAUUGUGAAACAAUGGUAAUAGUUUAAUCAAGGUCACGAUUCCAGUUUUUAUUCAGUGGCCCAAGUGGUUUCUGCUCAUUCCUCAAUAUUUUAAUACAUUCUCAACGGUUAUAUAUUUUGAUUGUUUUCUGUGAGUACUCAAGGAUGUGUUUAGGUGUUUCAGAUUCAAAUUGUAUUCAGAUUUGUUUUUGUAUUUGUCUGUGAAGCAGUGUGUACGAGGCUACAACCAGACAUUGCCUGCCCAGAACACUUGCAUUGAGUGCAUGAUUGGGUAUUCUAAAGGUGUGAGAUGGGAAUACGUUCUUAGCACUUACAGAUCUAAGCGUUUUUUUAAUGUCAUUUUCUCAAAGGCAUUCGCAAAAAAAGCAUAGAAUCUUAGUGAAAUUGUUUUAACAAAAAAUAAAAAGGAAUCAAAAAGAAAAAAACUUAUUUAAAAAAUGUAUUUUUCAAAACAGGGACGCAUCAAAAAUUGUGUGCGAUCAAACGAAGGCAGAGUGAAAACGUGCAUCACAACUUUACGUGAUUUUGUAAAUAUUACUACAGCCUCCAAAAAAAACCUUACUCUUUAAAUAACAUCUCUUUUUUAGAAUGCAUACCUCAGACUAGAUCAAACCUCUCUGAAAUGAACUACCCUCACAGUUUUGCACUUAGCUGUAAAAUACGUUGCAUGAAUUUUAGAGUAUAAACGCCAUUAUCAGUAGCUUAAUCAUUGUUUGAUGGUCGCUUUUCCAUUGCUGUUUAAAACAGUGUGCUCAGAUUUCGGUUCGUUAUCCAGCAAAUGUUUUUUUGCUUUGAGCAAAAAAAAGAGACGGUAUUUUUUUGUAUUAACCUUUAAAUGCUUGUCAGACAUUGGGUAAAUGCACGAUGGUUGGCACUGCGAAUGGUUUAAAAAAAAACUAAUUACAGAGAGAUAGAACAAAAACUAAAUACAGCACCCGUCACCGUUUAUGUCUACCACCGGGUAUAUGAUUUUAAGAAUUUUUGCAAUCUUGAUGUUUUCUUCUAUAAUGUUGUAGCAUUAAAAAAAAACGAUGAGAAAAAUUACGAAAAAAAUACAAAUAUAUGCUUGGCAUAAUGUGCAGAAGCUUUGUAUUUAAUGUAUUGCUUGUAGGGAUGUACUGUGUGCGUUUUACGUGUUGUAGCAGGAAAAGAAAUUCAGCGAUUUUUGAAAUGUUCUCCUUUCUUAAUAAACAAUGCUCUCGAAAUCCUUGCUUGAUUUUUAGACGGAACAUUUAGGUAUUGAGUCAUCAUCGUCGUCGUUGUCGUCGUCACCGUCACUUAAGUUUGAAUAGAGAGCUUUCUUUUUUCCUCUCAUAAUAACAAAGAUAUUCUGGUGUAUGUUAUUAUUUGUUAAUGCCACUGCCAAACACACUUUCGCCAUUGUUUCAAAGGCACUUGCUUGUCCAGUUAAGCAGCAGUAUGAUUUAAAAUGAACAUUCCAUCACUAUUUUUCAACAAAUAUUCCCCGGACCAAUCAAAUGAAGGGAAUAGUGCAUAAUCACCAAGGAUUAUAUUAAUAUUUUAAAACGAUGGAUUUAACCUGUUCAUUUUACUUUAUUUUUUAAGUGCCAAGGAAUGAGUAAUAAAGUGGAUGAUCCUUCA